CAUCAUGGAUGCCACUCUCUCAGGUAUAAAAUUUAAAUCCCUUUUACUUUGCUUACUAGCUACAAUCAUGUUCAACUCUAUCAAGUGCAGUUCCAAGAUUCACUGCAACGAGAAAGACAUGAAAACACUCCUACACUUCAAAACAGGAGUCACAGAUCCUUUAGGUGUACUCUCCUCAUGGUUUCCAAAAUUAGACUGUUGUCAAUGGAAAGGUGUCAAGUGUGAUAAUAUCACAGGUAGAGUUACACAACUUAAUCUCCCUUGUCAUACAAAUCAACCUAAAUUUCUUGAUUUUGGAGACAAGGACGACAAAUCACACUGUCUAACAGGUGAAUUCAGUAUUACUUUGUUGGACCUUGAAUUUUUAAGCUACUUGAAUUUGAGCAACAAUGACUUCAAGUCUAUGCAAUAUAAUUCAAUGAGUAGUCACAAGUGCAAUGACUUGUCAAGAGGUAAUUUUCCUUAUCAGUGUGGAAACUUCACCAACCUCCAUUAUCUUGAUUUGUCAUAUAAUUAUGAACUUUUUGUCCAUAGUCUCCAUUGGAUUUCCUGUCUUUCCUCAUUACAAUAUCUUAACCUUGGUGGUGUUCUUCUUCACAAGGAAAUUGAUUGGCUUCAAACAGUCAUUAUGCUCCCUUCACUUUUAGAGUUGCACUUGCAAGGUUGUCAACUUGAAAACAUGUAUCCACUUCUUUGGUAUGCUAAUUUUACUUCACUUCAAGUUUUAAAUCUUGCAGACAAUCAAUUUCUAUCUGAGUUGCCUAGAUGGUCAUUUAAUCUUAGUUGUCACAUCUCUCAUAUUGACCUCAGUCAAAAUCAGAUACACAACCAGCUACCAAAAACAUUGCCAAAUCUUAGAAGUGUUAAAUCCUUGGUUUUACGUGAUAAUUCUCUCAAAGGACCCAUUCCAAGUUGGUUGGGACAACUUGAACAACUACAAGAACUUGACCUGUCUCAUAACUUCUUUUUUGGCCAAAUCCCCACAAGUUUGGGAAACAUGUCAUCCUUGAUUAAAUUGAUACUCGAGUCAAAUGAGUUGAAUGGAAAACUUCCAGAGGAUCUUGGACAACUCUUCAACUUGGAGAGCCUUCGAGUUUCAAAAAACUCCUUUACUGGAAUUGUCUCUGAAAGAAAUUUACUUUCUUUAACAAAUUUAAAGCACUUUUCCAUCAGUUCACCUACCCUGAUCUUUGACUUUGAUCCUAAAUGGAUCCCUCCUUUUCAACUUCUAAAUAUUGAAUUGGGCAAUUUGAAAUUCAAACUUCCAACAUGGUUGUUCACCCAAAGUUCUCUAAAGUAUCUAACCAUUGUAGACUCAACUGCUUCAUUUGAACCUCUUGACAAGUUUUGGAACUUUGCUACUAAACUUGAAUUUAUCAAAGUGGCAAACAACACAAUCAAUGGGGACUUAUCAAAUGUGUUGCUAAGCUCCAAAUUUGUUUGGCUAGAGUCCAAUAAUUUAAGAGGAGGCAUGCCCCGUUUAUCACCAGAAGUGCAUGUUUUACGUUUACAUGAUAACUCAUUGUCAGGAUCCAUUUCUACUCUCUUGUGUCGCAAUAUAAGACAUAAAAGCAACUUAGUGUACCUAGACCUGAGUUAUAACCAUUUAUCUGGAGAACUCACAGAUUGUUGGAAUAAUUGGAAAUCAUUGGUUCUUAUUAAUUUAAGAUUCAACAACCUAACGGGCAAGAUUCCUCACUCAAUGGGCUCCUUGAUUAACCUUCGUUUUUUGUAUCUGAAAAGUAAUAAGUUGUUUGGAGAGGUACCCUUUUCACUAAAAAAUUGUAAGAAUCUUCGGAUACUUGAUCUAUGUCGCAAUAAUCUUUCUGGGGCAAUACCAAGCUGGUUAGGGCAAAAUGUUGAAGGUCUUGAAUUGAGAUCUAAUCAAUUCAGUGGCAAUAUUCCGACACAGCUAUGUCAACUACAGUCUUUAAUGGUGAUGGUUUUUGCAAGUAAUAGAUUAUCAGGACCCAUACCCAAUUGCUUACAUAACAUCACAACCAUGCUUUCUAUUUAUUCUUUGACUCGUAAAGCCAGCUUUACCUUUAAUUUUCCAGGUUUGUCAAUAAACAUUGCUUGCAGCAUUCCAAUGCUUAUAAAAGGAAAUGAGUUAUCAUAUUUUACUAUGAUGAAUGUGAUUGAUCUCUCAAACAACAACUUGUCUGGAAGUGUGCCUUUAGAGAUGUAUAUGCUGAUUGGAUUACAGUCCUUGAAUUUGUCAAAUAAUCAAUUAAUGGGAACAAUACCACAAGAGAUUGGCAACAUGCUUCAAUUGGAGUCCUUUGAUCUUUCAAGAAAUCAUUUCUCGGGAGAAAUUCCCGAGUCCAUGUCAGCCUUGCAUUUUCUUGGGGGCUUGAAUCUGUCAUUCAACAAUUUUGUGGGGAAAAUCCCAUCAUCAGGUACCCAACUUCAAGGUUUUACGAAUCUUAGCUAUAUGGGCAAUCCUGGUCUCUGUGGAGCUCCACUCACAAAGAUAUGCUUACAAGAUGAAAAAUCCAACAAUACAAAAACAGUGGAAAAAGAUGACAACGAUGAUAAAUCUGAAGUAUAUUCUUGGUUCUACACGGGAAUGGGAAUUGGAUUUGCAAUGGGAUUUUGGGGAGUUUUUGGCACCAUUUUGUUCAACAGGACAUGCAGGCAUGCUUAUUUUAGAUUUCUGCACCGAGUGCAUGACUUUGUGAUCCAAAAGAUCAACUUCAUCUAUUGAAAUCUAAGAAAUAGCAACCAUGGUUCUUAAUUUCCAUGCUUCUACAAGUUAUCUCCUGCUGAGGUUUUUGCAGGAAUCCACAAGGUUCAUAUGUUAUGUUUUUCAGGAUAUAUAAAUAAAAUUUUU